AGUGCUGGACUCCCGCGCGACCAUCUGCUAUCUCCCAAACUCUCCAAUCACUCACUACAACCACUCUCUAGCUUGACAAGAACAACUGUGAAUUUUAUUUUCUCUGCUACUGUUUAUACUGUACAGAUACGUUUAGGCUAGCAAACACGAAACCUCCCGCCGAACAGCCAACCCGGCUGUCUGACAGAAUCAAGAAUGGAACAACAUGAACCCAACAACGCCGCGUUAUAUAACACUCGGAGACGACAAGGGUCUAUUGGAGGCAACCAGGUUCUCGAUAGCAUCAUCUCCGCAUCGAAUUUUGACCGAGAUGAGGUCGAUCGCCUGCGCAAGCGAUUUAUGAAGUUGGAUAAAGACAACUCGGGGACUAUCGAACGAGAAGAAUUUCUGUCGCUUCCUCAGGUCUCUUCGAAUCCUCUUGCCACACGAAUGAUCGCAAUUUUCGAUGAAGACGGCGGCGGAGACGUUGAUUUCCAAGAAUUCGUCUCCGGAUUAUCGGCAUUUAGUUCCAAGGGCAACAAAGAAGAAAAGCUGCAUUUCGCAUUCAAAGUCUAUGACAUCGACCGCGACGGAUACAUUUCGAAUGGAGAGUUGUUCAUUGUGUUGAAGAUGAUGGUGGGCAGCAAUCUGAAGGACGUGCAGUUGCAGCAGAUCGUCGAUAAGACCAUCAUGGAGGCCGACAAGGAUCAGGACGGCAAGAUCAGUUUUGCCGAGUUCAAGGACAUGGUGGAAAAUACCGAUAUAAGCAUGAGCAUGACAUUGAAUCAAAUAUAAAUGCACAUACUAUUCUUGCCGUUUAUGAUGUAUCGGCUGUUAUGAGUUAUGAUGAGUUUGAAGGCAUUCGUACUAUUAAUGACGUACUUCCAUGCACAAGACCGGCGUAUUAUCAAGUCUGUAGCACGCUUGAUUGAUGAAAUCAAUAUAUGCUAAGCAAAUUCUAUUGUGCAAUCUGACUUAUAACGUAAUCGUUCUGGCUAGUAUACGUAUACAUGUAUUGUCGUGGGUGAGAUAUACUGAAUCUGACUGUCUAGCUUGGAAUUCUGUCGUAGGAUAGCUAUGACACCGUUAUUAACAAU